AUGGCGACGAACUUUUCACGUUUACCACCCUUACCAUCACUGAAGAAUUUCUUGUAUGCCUAUCGUUUGCAAGCCAAGAAAAUCCUGUCACAGAAUUAUCUAAUGGAUAUGAAUUUAACACGAAAGAUAGUAAGACAAGCAGUAGUGAAGGAAGGCGACUACGUAAUCGAGAUUGGACCUGGUCCAGGAUCGAUCACCCGUGCUAUCCUGGAAACGAAUUGUCGACGACUUGAUGUUAUCGAAAUCGACCAUCGUUUCAUUCCACCACUUGAAGUACUGAAGGAAGCAAGCGAAGAACGUAUGUUCAUUCAUCGGGCGGAUAUUUUAAAAACAAAUAUUGAACAAAUUUGGUCCCAAGCUGGUUUGGAACGUGUUGCUUGGGAAGAGGAUAGACUUCCGAUGGCGCAUAUCAUUGGCAAUCUACCUUUCAAUAUUGCUUCUCCGCUUAUUAUAAAAUUCCUUCGUGAAAUGUUAUAUCGUCAAGGUCCAUGGUCAUUUGGACGUAUCCCAUUGCUGUUGACGUUUCAGAUGGAAGUAGCGGAGCGUCUUUGUUCCCCAGUUGAUUCCCCGUUUCGGGCCAGAAUUUCAAUCAUGUCUGCAUUCGUAACCGAGCCCAAAUUACUUUUUCAAAUACCAGGACGAUGCUUUGUUCCAUCUCCUAAGGUUAAUGUCGGUGUGGUGCGCUUCAUUCCGAGGCAAGAUCCAUUGAUUAAAACGUCCUUCGAGGUGGUAGAAAAAGUUUGCCGGCGUGUUUUUAACUACAGACAAAAAUAUGUUGUCAAAGGAAUUAGAAGUCUUUAUCCGGAAGAACUGGCGAAAAAUUUGGCUGAUGACUUGUUGAGGCGAUGUAGAAUCGACCCUACAACUACUGCAAUAUGUCUUGGAGUAGAACAGUUUGCUGACAUAUGCUAUGUUUAUGAGGAACACUGCCGAAAGUACUUUUUAAGGCGUCUCUUUUGCUUUACAAUAAUAUGGUGUACUACUAUUGUGGCAGUACUUUGCUGCGCACCUUUCAAUGCGAUCAUUUCUAUGCGGAAACCUGUUGAAAGAGCUCGUGUUCGGCUAUGUCGACGGCUGAUCAGACAAAGGAAAUUGCUUCAAAAAUCGAAAGACGAAAAGAAAGCUCGCAAAGUAGAUCGAAUCGCCGAAGAAAUCGACCGUUGCAAAAAAGUAUGUCGAGACGAUGUGUCAAAGUUUGCAUUAAUAAACCUUAAAGCGCUCAGUGACUUGUUGAAAAAGACAAAAAUUCCCAUUGAUGAACGAGUGUUAUAUAAAUUGGCAUGCCAAGGAACGGUGAUAAAAUGUGUCGAAGAGUUCCGUAUCAAAUACCCAAAUUGGCAACAUGAAGUGUCGUUCCUGUUACAGCGACUUGGUUUGCAAUAUAAAUCUAAGAGGGAUGCGAAAAAGUAUAUGCUACAACAAAAUGAAACGAAGGAACUGGUCGAAACGUCUUUAGGAAAAAAGAAAGAUAGGGUGAAAUCCGAUGAAUCUAACGAGAUACCUGCCCCAGUUAUCAGCUUGCCAAAGUUGGAACUUCCGAAAUCAGUGAUUGCUAAGGGACAGGCUGUCAUCAAAUUGUUGAACUUAGACGGUAAUCAAGACGACGAAUUUCCAUCAGUUAGCGCACCAGAUAAAAGCAAAGAUGUUACAUUACAAGGAAAUACCGAAGAGAAUACUAGUAUCGGGAAUGAUGAAGCUAUUAGAAGCAUUCUGCCAGUAAAAACAAGGGAUGUUCAAAAAAGAAAAAGGGAUUUUGAAUACGAAGGAAGUGAGAAACGAGGGAAUGAUGUGAGACAGGAUAGGUCUGGAGCUGUGUUAUCUUCAAAAGAAGUUUUGGGGAAUACGAUGGAAUUGCUAGGAAAUCAGAACUUGCAUCCAUCGUGGAUCGCCAAAAAGCAAGAACAUGAAGCUCUGAAGAAGUUAAAGGCAUCAUGCAAAGGGAAAAGGAUUGUCUUCAAUGAUGAUUAA